AGAGGGUCUGUGUGCACACUCGGAAAGAAAAUUCCGGAGAACGGCAUCGAGCUGCAGAGUUUUUACUCAGAAAGUCACGGGAAGAUGGCCCUACGAGCUUGUGGUUUUAUAGUGUUUCGCCGCCUUCUUGGCUCCAAGCCUUCACCCAGCAACAUUGAGUACCUCCUCUUGCAGACCUCCUAUGGAGAACAUCACUGGACUCCACCUAAAGGUCACGUGGAUCCAGGCGAGGACGACCUCACCACAGCACUGAGAGAGACCAAAGAAGAAGCAGGGCUUGGGGCGGAGCAGCUCCAGGUGAUAAAUGGGUUUGUUCAGGAGCUGCGCUAUGAGGUUCGAGGCAGACCAAAAGAGGUGCUGUACUGGCUGGCUGAACUAAAGGAUCCGGUAACUGCAGUGACCUUGUCUGAUGAGCACCAAGACUACCGCUGGGCCCCUCUGGAGGAAGCCUGUGCACUGGCAGGGUACAAAGAUCUCCAGGACACGCUGAGAGCUGCACACAGACACUUAGAGGCUCAAUAGAACAAGCAAUGGAGUUUAGACAGAGAAGACAAAGUUGUAGAUCUGACUUUAUGCUUUUACUGUCAUUUUAAUAUACUUGAUUUUUUGAAGUUAUGUAAAAGAGGUGUUCACUGGGUGCAGUAAAAAAAUACAUAUUUACCAAAUCUAAGGAACAUCUUUCAGUAAUUUUUUACCACGAGGAAACAAAAUAUUGUUAUUAAAACACAGCAGUUGUGUGUUUGCCUCCAUCUUGUUCCAUUUUUUCACUAUUUGUAUAAAUAAUCAUAAAAGGAAACUGAGAACAGUGGAGAGAAAGAAUUGUAAUCAAUGCAUGUUGCCACUAGGUGGCGGCAGAUAUGAGAUAAUAGAGCUGUUGGAAACAUCAGGCUUGGCUGGUACUGUAGCCACAUGGAGAGGGCCCAGCUUCGGAUCCUUUGUGUGUUGAGUUUGCAUGUUCUCCCUGUGCAUGUGUGAGUUUUCUCUGAGCAGUCCAAAAACGUGCUUCAUGGGCUUAAAAGUAACCAAAGUGGACAGGCUCCAGCGGACUUAAUGACCAUGCAGAUGGAUGGAAACAUCCAGCUGCAUGGUCAUGAACCAAAAGCUAUUCUUUUUUUAUUUAGCUUUGAAGGUGGUGAGGUUUAUAUAACUUAUUUUUAAUUCAUAUAUAAUUAGUUCUACUAUGAUCUAAACAUCUUUGAACAAUUCAAAAAAAGUCCUGUGGCAACUCUGUUUUAAGAUUCUUUUUUUCAUGUGUGCCCAAAAGUGACCUAUAGCCCAUUUAUCAGCAUAUGCACAAAGAAGUACAUGUCCGGUCAGGCUAAAUCAAAAAUACUAUCUACAGUUUAAAGGAAUAAACAUUGAAAUAUGUUGAAUACAGCCAGCUGUAGUGAAGUAAAAGCCCUUGUUUUUCAUUAUUGAUAUCCCCAAAUAAAAGUACAAAAUAUGGUGUGGAAAAAACUACCUUGGUAAGUACAGUGUCUACAAUCAAAUAAAUUCAAUGUGUUACUACCCA